AUGGGGGUUAAAUGCAUAGUUGAAGUGGACACGGGAUUAAACCGUGCCUUCCCCUCGUCGCAACAGGAAACCCUACCCACUGUUCCAUUACAGCCGCCACCACUGGAAGUCCUCCUUCUGCCGCCAACCUUUUUCACUGCCGGCGAAGACGUACGCGAUCGCCAAACCUCCGCUGAAGCCCUUCGCUUCUUGUCUUCACGUUAUUCCUCCAUCAGAAGCAUCAGUGUUAGAGGUCGGAGUACAGCAGCAGCAUUUAUAGGAUCUGUUCGCCAUCAGAGGUACUUCUCAGGUUCACGGGAAGGCAACGGCUCGAUUGUACACAUGCGAUAAAGAGUUAUGUUUUGGAAGAUCCUGGAUCAUUAACUAAACAAUUAUGGAUUUAUGUUUUGUUAAUUUGAUAAUUGGGAUUUUGUGAAAUGUAUUAUGAGCAUUUUUGUGAUUUAAAAAUGAAAAAAAUUGUACGAAAAUUCACGGU